CGCCAUGAACCAUAAAGAAGAAGAAGAAUAACAAAAGCAGCCGCAGUUUUUCAGGGCAGGAACACAUCACCUCAGUCUCUGGGUUUACUUUUACUUCAGUUCAUAAAAAUGUAACUGGGAAAAAACACAUUUCGGGGUGUGGAGGCUUGUGUGGAGUGGGAGUUUGUCAGACUCAGCUUCGCUUGUGUUUUCAGCCUGUUGUUUGUGGAUUCCGGAGCUAAGCUAGCUGUGAGGUUAGCUCCUCUUUACCUGGCUCGUCUGUCAGACUGUCUGACCUGAGAUUAUCUGUUUACCGUCACCACUGACCUGACACCUUGCUCCCUCACAGCCUUUCCGGUGCUGAUAUUCAGACGUUUCGAUGGGAAGUCUGGGCAGCAGAUUCCAGGCCCCCUCUCUGGGCCCAGAGGAGGCUGUAGAGGGCACAAGCACGAGUCGCAAGCACGGCUGUGAGUGUAAGAAGAGGAAACGAAAUGCUCAGUGUGACUGUGAGAGUGAACAAGAGGAGGAUGAUGCCAUACUGGACACACCCCGCAGGAAGAAACUGAAAAGCACAUCACGCUACAUAUAUCAGACUUUGUUCCUGAAUGGGGAAAACAGUGAUAUCCGCAUCUGUGCUCUGGGACAAGAAUGGAACCUCCACAAAGUCUACCUAUGCCAGUCGGGGUAUUUCUCCAGCAUGUUCAGUGGCUCUUGGAAGGAGUCCAACAUGAUGGAAAUUAACUUGGAGAUCCCAGACCAGAACAUCGACACUGAAGCUCUACAAGUCGUCUUUGGAUCCUUGUACCGAGAUGAUGUCCUCAUCAAGCCAAGCAGAGUUGUCAGCAUUCUUGCCGCUGCUUGCAUGCUACAGCUGGACGGCCUGAUCCAGCAGUGUGGAGAGACAAUGAAGGAAAACAUCAGUGCAAAGACUGUGUGCGGAUACUAUGCUUGUGCCAGCAUCUACGGCUUGGAUUCAGUCAUGAAGAAGUGCCUUGAGUGGCUUCUGAACAACCUGAUGACCCACCAAAAUGUGGACUUGAUGAAAGAACUUGGAGCAGACGUGAUGGAGCAGCUCAUCCAGUCCUCUGACCUGUUCGUCAUGCAGGUGGAGAUGGAUGUAUACACUGCUCUGAAAAAGUGGAUGUUUCUGCAGCUCAAUUCGGCGUGGGACGGCCCGAUCAAGCAGCUUCUGGCUGACGCUGAUGCCUGGCUCUGCAAACGUAGGACAGAUCUGUCUGAGAAGGAGCCGUUCUUGAACACAGAGGAGGGUGCAGCGUUUCGUUCAGUGUUCAAAUACGUUCGCCUGCAGUACAUUAUCAACGACCUGGCAUCUGCUCGCAUCCUGGAGAGAGACAAUAUUCUGCCUCCUGAUUGGUUGACGUCGGUGUAUAAAAACCAGUGGUUCGCGAUGCUCCGGACAGAAUUUGAUAACGAUAACGGCCCCCAAGAAGCAAACAAAGAUGAGUUUGAGCUGAGCAGUAUGAGAUGUGGCAGGAAGCUGACCAAAGAUGGAGAUUACUGCUGGCGGUGGACUGGCUUUAACUUUGGUUUCGACCUGCUGGUGACCUACACAAACCGUUUCAUAGUCUUCAAAAGAAACACUCUGAGUCAGCCGUGCGGGGGCGCUGUGAGCCUACAACCUCGGAGGCAUCUGGCCUACAGGUUACGUCUCGCCUCCUUUGACAGCCGCGGAAAGCUGGUCUGCAGCCGCUCAACAGGCUACCAGCUCCUCACCCUCGAGAAAGACCAGGAGUAUGUGGUGAUGAAUCUGGACAGCCGGUUACUAUCAUUCCCUCUCUAUGUGUGCUGUAACUUCCUGUACACGUCGCCUCAGUUGGACCAACGUGCAGAUUCCUCCGAACAAGAAAGCAGUACUCGCAUCGUGUCCUGAUGUCAGGUCAGCAGCCGCUAACUGCAAAUAUUCCUCCGGUAACGCUGAGACACUGACAAAAAAAAAAAAAAAAGCUCAUGUGUACAAUCCACUGCCACAUUUAACAUCACUGUGAUGUCGCUCAUAUCAUCUGCAUGCUGUGUAAUCCAGUGAGGUGUCUGGGAAAAUGUUUUAUGUUUAUGUGUUCAGUGUUUUGUGACAUUCAGACUCAGCUGAAGGGAUGUGGUAUGACAGAGACACAUGACUGUGGCUAUGAGGGAUCAGGCUAGUUUUACUUCCAGAGCAGCUUCACACAUCGGACCUCUGCCAGGAACUGUCAGUAAUGAGAUGUAGGACCACUUCUUCGGAUGAAUAAGUCGUGGGAGACGAUGGAAUUCUGCACUUCAGGACUUUAAUUAACGGCUGUAUGAUUUAAAGAUCUGGGGAUAGUUUUAACCAUGCAGCACUUUGAUUCAGAGCUGCUUGAAUGGAACCACUCUGGAUGUGUGUGUUUGUGUGAAGCCAUUAUCACCCAGGAAUGUGGGAACAUCAUAAGGGAACAACACCAGAGAGUGAAACUGGAACUCCACUGAUGGCGGCAGUCAGAAACUCUACCAGCAUAUCGCCACCUUUUGAAGCAGGUGGACAUUUCCAGUCAGCACGGGACUGCACCUACUAUAUGUUCUGACUUUAAUGAACAACUUUAUCCAUUGAUCAACCAGAAUACCACAUACACCUAUAAUGAUGAUGAAACACAUGUUCCACUUGGCCCAUUUCAGAGAUAAAAAGAUGCUCUGCAACACGUUCAGAGCUGUUACAUGAGAAAAUUAAAGUUUCUCUACCCCACAUAUCAUUUGAAUAUCAGCUGAUUGAGAUUUAACAUCAUACCUGCUGCAAAUGUAAUAAUCAUACUCAUGAGAUGUCAAAUUUUAGUUAAAAAAAACAACAACUGACAAUGCAGUACAAGCAGGAUAUGUUGCACCACUCCUCAAACCUAGCAGGUCCACAUCUCUCUGCUCUUCUGCUCAAAACAACUCACCCCUCUUCAGAUUGUUAUCCUAACUCAACGUCAGGUAUCCACUGGACUCUGUAAAUACAGUAUUUGUAAAGUCAAAUUCAUGAUAUCGACCUUAAAGUAUGAGAGAAUGUUGCUUUUAUAUAAUACAAUUUAUCAUGACCAUGUGGACAUUACAGACCUCCAAAUAAACUUGCAUCCAGAAGUCAAGAUCCACAGUCGACCCAAACACCCUAUCUUCAUGAGGCACAAAGCCUGGGCGCCUUUGUGCCUCAGCUUCUUUGAUGCAGUGUGAAUGCCAGACACCAGAUAAUCAACACCAGCCAUUGUGGUCACUUUUGUAUUAUUGUUUAGGUCACUGUUAGUUUGGCCGUUUUGGAAAUCUGUUACCUCAUGCUGUUUAAAAAAACAGGACAUGUACAGCUAACUAGUCAGUAAGACUCCCCUGUACAGCUGCAACUGUAACUGACUGUUUUUGUUUUGUUUUUUUGCAUUUAUUUAUUUUUUUACUUCAUUUGUAUUUGUAUUUGUAUUGAUUCACUUUUUGAAGAAUAAAAUAUGUACACAGUCCUGGACAGCCAAUAAAAGUGCCCCCUCUUGUGGGCUGUGGUGCUAUCACACAAUCUCUUUUUGCCAAGCAGACUUUUACUACAGCGAGUGCUUCACUUUCUCAUGGUUCUGUAGCUUUGGCAAUAAAAUUAAACAGACUCAGGCAUUCUCUGGUCCUUCACCUCUUCAUCACCUCACUGUUAAAAAUCCUUUUUACUGAACAUUUCUCAUUUGAUACACAGACUGCAGUGUCAUUUGACGCACGUUUCUUGCAAAUUUAUCCUGAUAAUCUAAUUUAUUAUGAUCUGUAUCGUCUCAUUUCAUUCUUAUCAGAUAAACACUGGAUGAAAACUUCCUGAUAUUAAAGCUCCAGUAAGGAACUUUUGGUUUAUGUCCAUUUUGGUGUCCCCUGUGGAUGAAUCUGUUCCUGUUUUUUGUCCUGAACGUGUGUAGUUAGUGUUCUUGGCAAGAAUCCCAUCCUGCUUUUUUAACAGUCAAAUGCAUCACUCACUGAUAGUCAGGGCCUAUACCAGCAUCAUUUGGUCUGACACCUAGCUCCACUUGUGGUUUCACACGUUGAAAAUAAAACUAUAUAUGAACA